AUGCACCAAAAGGCGUAUCAAGCAAUCACAAAUCAGUGUCAAGGCGGUUCUCCCUGCGAGUACUGUACUCGAACCAAGAAACGUUGCCUACCUCAGGCCACAUCUACGACCGAAGUGCACUUCAUCAGCCCCGGAUCCUCUGAAGAAGGCAUGCAAGUCGCUGGACUACCGGCACACGUCAACAUACCCAGCGCUAUACUCUACCUUGACUAUUUUGAUCUCUUCAUGAAGCGCUGUCUGUUCACAGAUGAGUUCAACGGCCUGGCUGCCGACCUCUUACCCCUGGCCCAAACAUGCUUGCCGCUCGGGCAAGUAGUGACAGCGAUUGGCGCACUCGAAGCCAGCCGACGCGCAACCGUCAAGUCCUCUCGCGGGCAGCAGCCACCUUACACCGUUGCCUUUGUGUCAUACGGGGAAGCCGUCAAGACGCUCCGAGCUCGACUGCAGGUAUCAAACGGGUUCCGCUGCGGUGGAGUUCUCUGGUGCACGCUACUUCUUGGGCUAUUCGAGUUGAUGACUGAAACUUCUGGAGACCUGUGGGCCAAACACAUGCUCUACGGGACGGCUAGGAUCAUCCAGAGCGUAGGAGCAACGGGUCAGUCGUGUCAGCUUGACAAGAGACUCUUCGGAGCGUUUAGAUCGCUAGAGGCAAACCGAGCGAUUCUGUACGGCGAAGAUACGUUUUUAUCGCAGGAGCCGUGGUCAAAGUCUCCAGGAUAUCUUGUCGCAAACCCAGCAAGUCAAGUAGAGGCAAUCUUCGACCUCCUGAUCGAAAUCUCUUCCUUUAGUAAAGCGUAA